CAUUCGUUGAUGCUCGUCGCUCAGCCGGCGCUCCACACUCUCCCACCGCACUCGCAGACGAUCUCGACCUCCAGCAGCUGCCGUUCGUGCUGCGGAGCGGCGCACGCGCUCAGCACGUCCGCCAUCCGGCAGCCGCAUGGCAGAGCAGCACCCGCGCCCGGGCGCCAGCGCCCGGCCGGGCAGCUCGACCGCAGGCUCUUCCUUCGCUCUGCCGGCCGGCCGAGCGAGCGAGAAGCCAUCAGUGUCCGGACUCAGCAAGUCCUCGGUGCGCAGCGAUGACUCAGACGAGGGCGAGUCGGACGGCGACGACGACGAUGCCGACGAGUCCGACUCGCAGGCGUCUGCGUCGUCGAGCACGCGCCUCGAGGACGGGCCCAAGCAGAAGCAGAAGCGCAAGCGCAGCUCCGAGGCGUGCACGGCAUGCCGCCGGCUGAAGAUGCGCUGCGUGCCUGCUACGACGCCAGGCCCCGGCGUCGGGCCCAGAGCGCUCGCGCCGUGCGCCAGGUGCCUGCGGCUGAGGCGGCCGGGAACGUGCGUCUUUGAGGGCGGGAGAAAGGCCAAGCGCAAGCGGCGGGAGGCGGAGAGAAAGGCACGGGACGAAGGCCUGACGUAUCUCGCCAAGGCUGGAGAGAUGCACAUGGUGGGCCAGCCCAAUCCAGUGGGGACGAGCGGAUGGCCCGGCGCUCAGCCUUCGGGCAGCGGCUCGGUCAAGGUGUCGAUGGACCAGCCGUCGUUCGUCUUCAGCGCCGAUCAUAUGCCAGCAGCGGCGAGCACUGCGAGCAGCGUGCACGCCGAGCAGCAAGAGAUGCGAGGCCGCAUCGCGACACUCGAGCGCAGCGUGAGCCACCUUGCCGGCGUGGUGAGUCAGAUGCAGGCGCGCGAUGCGCUGCCACGCUACGCGCCGCUGCCGGACGUGACCUCUGCAUCAACGCAUCAGCCGAGCUCAAGCAGACUGCAGCACGACUGGAGCCAGGCACAAAGCGAGCCGAUGGGCGCCACAGCCUCGAGGGCUAGCCAAUCACAUCGGAUCGAAACGACAUCUUUCGCUGCAUCGCUCCCUUCGCCCGCGAUAUCUUCAACGAGCACACGCCGAGCGGGCGUGGACAGUCAGCUACAUCCUAUCGGCGUGCUUGCCGAGGCAGCGCUGAACACGCACGCGCCGCCGCAGCGGGCCGAGCCUAGCACCGGCAAAGGCGAGCGCAAUCGCGCACUGGCCGUCGUGCCGCUCGCCGCCGCUCGAGCCCUCUUCGCGCUGUACUUUGACAAGUGUGCGCAACAUCUCCUCGUGCUAGACGGAGACCCGUGUAGGCACGGCGACCCGCACUUCGUCAUCGGACGCUCUCCGAUACUCUAUCUAGCAAUCUGCGCGGUCGCUAGCAUCUACGUGAGGGGCUCAAAGGUGCAUGAUCAGUGCAAGGAGGUGGCCGACGAGAUGGUCGCGACCAGCAUCGUCAAGGGCCAUAAGAGCGUCGAAACCGUGCAGGGACUGCUUCUGCUCUCGAUGUGGGGGCUUCCGUCGCGACAAUUUGAGCUCAACACGAGCUACCUCUUCGUCGGCUUGGCGAUGCGCAUUGCCAACGACCUUGGCCUGCACCGCGAGGCGCUCUGUGCGAGCCCGAGCACCGAUUCGUGGGACGCCGUGAACCGGCAGCGCGCCUGGUUCUGCGCCUUCAGCGUCGAUCGCUCGCUCAGUGCGCAGCUUGGCAAGCCCAAUGCGGGCGCUGCCGGCGCCGGGCAGCUGAGUCGUGCAGCUGGGACCUGGGGCUUCCACCCGGGCAACAAACCGUGGGACAAGGGAGUCGCCUCGUUCGUCGAGUUGCAGACGAUCCUCACGCGGCAGCUCGAGUGGCUGUCGUCGCACAUCAACGGCCCGCAAGAACGAUCAGAUGCCUCGAUUUCAGCAGCACUGCCGCGCUUCAACCAGCAGCUCGACGAGUGGGCCGAGCGCUGGAGCGCAUAUGGCUUCUUCUCCGAGCCGAGCAGCGCAGAGCCCGCGCCGGCCAGGGCAGACAACUUCGACGAGCGCAUGCUGCAGUCGCUCCGCAAGCAGUGGCCGAUCCGGCUAGAGCACGCCCGUCUGCAGCUAAACAGCUUCGGCCUGCAAUUGGCCAUGCAGGAGCCCGACGACACGGUGCUCAAGCUCGAAAACUGUGCGUGCAAGCGCAGCAUCGGCGCAUUUACUGCUCAUCGCGCUGUCACAGUCUACCAUCGCUGCUGGAACGCCGCGGAGAAGUUCACGACGCACGUCCUGGCGGGCAUGCGGCCGGUGUUCCGCUGGUCGCCGAACACGCAGCUCGUCAUGGCCUCGUACUCCUGCGUCUUUCUGCUCAAGCUCACCCAGCCCGCUUUCGCACACUUCGGCAAUGGUCGCCGCGCGGUCAGCAUCGUCGAGCAGGUCGCCGCGAUGCUCGAGGAGGUCUCGAUCUCGCCGGCGCAUGCUCCCGCUCUGCACGCCUCUUUCCUACGCUCACUCCUGGCAUCGCGCAAGGAGCGCGCGGCCAGCGGCACGACGACGCCGGCCUGGUUCCGCAACGGCGGCAUCUUGCGACUCCUCUCGCCAAGUGGCGGCGACACGACCUCCGACAUGCUGCUCGACGCAGCAGCAGGCGUCACGUCGAAUGCGCUGCAGGAGCAGCAGAUGCAGGUCGGCGCCACGUCGGGUCUGCCGAUGGACUACCUGCUCGACCCUGAUUUCUGGUCUUCGGUCCACUGGCUGCCGCCGGCCAUCCCCGACUGGAGCAGUACCGUUGCUCGAGCAGACCGCGGCGACCUUCACGGGACGUCCGGGCUCUUCGACAAUCCGCUGGCAUGACCUGCGCGCGUGCCCGUCGAUACCCUUCGCCCUGCAUCUGUACAACACGACACAGCCUGCGUCUCAGUGCCACUUGGACCGAUGCGAGUGAGAUGACAUUGUUCCCGUACACGU